AUGGGCAGAGGAGAGUAUUACAAGAACAGAUAUGGUAGAGGAAGCCGAGGGGGACGUGGUCAACGAUCUAACAACUCACAUCAUUGCAGGGAUGAAUGUGGAGAUGACAAAGAUAAUCAUGCUCAUCCUAACAAAAGAGAAAACAAAUUCUCCAACAGACAAGAGUUAAAAUACAUACUGUUGGAUUUGGAUAGAAAACCCUACAACUUUUACAAGGAUCUCUACGGGUUUACCUUUGAUUUUGAAAGGAUCUUCAGUCUUAAGUUCGAUCAUGUGCAAGGAGAUCCAUACGCCUCUCCCUCUAGAAUAUGUGUCACUCUUCCCCUCCAAAAUAGUAGGUUCCCAGAUUGGUCAUGGUCAAACAGUACUCGCACAGUUGCCCUUGCUGACUACAUUUGUCGCAGGACUGUGGGUGCUAUAUCUGAUCAGAAGGCUGACUACAAAGCACGGGGUUCGUGGCAUGAUGGCAAGGGUGGAGAGCUGAGGAUAGAACACCCCUCUCAAAACAUGUUAUUACGAACAUCAGUCGAGGUAAAGGAAGAGAACAUUCUGCUCAGGUUCUGUGUUGGACUCCCGGCUAAAGGGAGGAAUAUCUGCGGACACUGGGCUGCUGAUAUCUGUACAAACACUGUGCACAAUAUUGUCAUUAGGGCUUGCUGUGGAGAGUCAACAGACAAAACAGAAUUACAGAAUUGGGUGGAGAGUUACGAGGACCAGGAAGCCCUCCGCAAGCAACUGAGCGCUGCUCAACUCAUUGCCUUCGUACCGGACGGUGCAAUUCUGCCGCGCUCUGCUGGUCACCUUGACACUCCUCAUAGUGGCAGAGGUGUUGUCUCCUUUCAGUCUCCUCCUUCUCUUAAAGUUACUCUCAAAUGCCCUAACAAAGGGAGCAUCACUGGAAUGGGAAUAAAACCUGGGGUUACUCUAAUUGCUGGUGGUGGUUUCCAUGGUAAAACAACUUUACUCUCAGCUUUAAAGCUGGGAAUAUACUCCAAGAUACCUGGUGACGGCAGAGAGUACCUUGUGACAACACCCUCGGCUACCAAGAUAAGAGCUGAGGAUGGGCGGCAAAUAACAGGGGUCGACAUCUCCAACUUUAUAAACAACUUGCCUCAGAAAAAGGACACUUCUAAGUUUUACAGUUGUGAUGCAAGCGGCAGUACCUCUCAAGCAGCUGCUAUCAUGGAAUAUCUUGAACUAGGAGGAAACUGUCUGAUGAUUGACGAGGACACUGCAGCCACCAACUUCAUGAUAAGAGAUGACAAGAUGCAGAUGUUACUGAGUGCAGAUAAGGAGCCUAUCAAACCUUAUCUCUACAGAGCUAGGGAAUUGCACGACAAGAUGGGAGUAAGCAGUAUAUUGGUGGUGGGAGGGGCUGGAGACUAUCUGGAUGUAGCGGAUACUGUCCUCCUACUGGAUAACUACACUGUGGUUGAUGUGACUAGUAGAGCUAAGGAGAUAGCUGCUAGCCACCCCGCUCACAUUCCCUCUCUUCCGCCUAUGAUAUUCUUGAAAGUUGCAUUUUGA